AGUGUAACACUUCAUACAGAUGUUGGUGAUAUUAAAAUUGAAUUAUUUUGCGAGUUAUGUCCUAAAACAUGUGAAAAUUUUUUAGCACUAUGUGCGAGUAAUUACUACGACGGCUGUCUGUUCCACCGCAACAUCAAAGGAUUCAUAGUUCAAACCGGUGACCCGACACAAACAGGCAAAGGAGGCACGUCGAUAUGGAACAGAAAAUUUGAAGAUGAAUUCAAAGAAGAACUUAAACAUAAUGUCAGAGGUUUGGUCUCGAUGGCCAACAACGGGCCUAACACGAAUGGUAGUCAAUUUUUCAUUACAUAUGCUGCUCAACCUCAUCUAGACCUCAAGUACACGCUCUUCGGCAGAGUAAUCGAUGGAAUGGAUACGUUAGAACAGUUGGAGAAGCUGCCAGUCAAUCCUAAAAAUUACAAACCACUGACUGAAACUCGCGUGAACAGUGUGACGAUUCAUGCGAAUCCUCUUGCUGGAUAA